CCUGCAGGACUCAGCACUGGGGCCGGAGGCCAGGAGCCGGGAGCCUCCGCGGGGAGCACGCGCUUAUGUGGCCGGGAAGCAGCUCCGGGUUGCAGGGCAGGAACGUGCCCUGCCCCCGCUGUAAACUUUCCGUCGCUGCGACGGAAGCAGGAACUUGCUAACCACAAAACCCGCCGGGCCGGUGCGGGAGCUGCGGAGCAUCCCCUGCCGUCCUCGCCGAGACCGCCGCGCGGAUUCGCCGGUCCUUCCCGCGGGAGCGACAGAGCUGUCCUCGCACCUGGAGAAGGCCCCGGGGUCUUCUCGCCGCCAGGUAAACGGGUCUCCCCACCACCCAUCCCUGACGGGCUGCAGGCAACGCCGCCUCCUGCGGAGAGAGUAGGUCCCCUCCUUUCCAGGGGCCGAGGCUCCUCCACCCACACCUGAGCAUCCGAAGGACCAGCUGGGGCCAAUAAAGGCUGACCAGGAUCCUUGAGUCUCUGCAUUAUUCCGAAGGGGACCUCCAGGCAGGCUCAAGGCACCUGCCGUAAAUGGCUCUCGCUCUGCGUUGACAUCAGGAGAGGCAGAAGAUUAGCUCAAGAGAAAUUUCAUCAACUGUGCAACCUUCUUAAAGCAAACUAGGACCAGAGGGAGGAUUAUCCUUGAUCUUUGAAGACCAAAACUAAACUGAAAUUUAAAAUGUUCUUCAGGGGAGAAGGGAGCUUGACUUCCACUUUGGUAGUAAUUUGUUUCCUGACACUAAGGCUGUCUGCUGGUCAGAAUUGCCUCAACAAGAGUCUAGAAGAUGUUGUCAUUGACAUCCAGUCAUCUCUUUCUAAGGGAAUCAGAGGCAAUGAGCCCAUAUAUACUUUAACUCAAGAAGACUGCAUUCAUUCUUGCUGUUCAACAGAAAACAUAUCAGGGGACAAAGCAUGUAACUUGAUGAUCUUCGACACUCGAAAAACAGCUCGACAGCCCAACUGCUACCUAUUUUUCUGUCCCAGUGAGGAAGCCUGUCCAUUGAAACCAGCAAAAGGACUCAUGACUUACAGGAUAAUUAGAGAUUUUCCAUCUUUGACCAGAACUGAUUUGCCAAGCCAAGAGUUAGCCCAGGAAGAUUCUCUCUUACAUGGCCAGCCUUCACAAGCAGUCACUCCCCCAGCCCAUCAUCACACAGGUUAUUCAAAGCCCACCAAUAUAUCAUGGAAAGACACACUUUCUCAGAAGUUUGGAUCCUCAGAUCACUUGGAGAAACUAUUUAAGAUUGACGAAGCAAGUGCCCAGCUCCUUGUUAAUAAAGAAAAAGGCCAUUCUCAGAGUUCACGGUUUUCCUCCAAACAAGACAUAGCUCAUCUGCUGCCUGGAAGUGCGAGUGCAUUCCCAACUACAGUGGCAGUUAAUUCUCUGCGUACCACCUCGGCCACUCCGAAGCCCACUGUCCUUCUACCCACCAAUGCUUCAGUGACACUUUCUGGGACUUCCCAGCCACAGCUGGCCACCACAGCUCCACCUGUAACCACUGUCAUUUCUCAGCCUCCCACGACCCUCAUUUCUACAGUUUUUACACGGGCUGUGGCUACACUCCAAGCGAUGGCUACAACAGCAGUCCUGACUACCACCUUUCAGGUACCUACAGACUCGAAAGGCAGCCUAGGAACGAUACCAUUUACAGAAAUCUCCAACCUAACUUUGAACAUGGGUAAUGUGUAUAACCCUACUGCAUUUUCUACGUCAAAUGUGGAGUCUUCCACUAUGAAUAAAACUGCUUCCUGGGAAGGUAGGGACACCAAUCCAGGCAGUUCCUCCCAGGGCAGCGUUCCAGAAAAUCAGUAUGGCCUUCCAUUUGAAAAAUGGCUUCUCAUCGGGUCUCUGCUUUUUGGUGUCCUGUUCCUGGUGAUAGGCCUCGUCCUCUUGGGCAGAAUCCUCUCAGAAUCGCUCCGCAGGAAACGUUACUCAAGGCUUGAUUAUUUGAUCAAUGGGAUCUAUGUGGACAUCUAAGGAUGGAACUCAGUGUCUCUUAAUUCAUUCAGUAACUAGAAGCCCAAGUGCAGUGAGUUCCUGCUGACUUGCUGGUCUUAGCAGGAGGUUGUAUUUUGAAGACAGGAAAAUGCCCCCUUCUGCUUUCUUUAUGUUUGGUUUUUGAGGACGAGUGAAGUGGAAACCAAAUUAGGUAAUUUGGGUAAUCUGUCUCUAAAAUAUUUAGCUGAGAACAAAGCUCUAGCUAAAGUAAUAAAGUAUGAUUGCCAUAUAAAUUUCAAAAUUCGACUGGUUUUUAUGCAAAGAAACAGGUUAGGACAUCUAGGUUCCAAUUCAUUAAUAUUCUUGGUUCCAGAUAAAAUCAACUGUUUAUAUCAAUUUCUAAUGGAUUUUCUUUUCUUUUUAUAUGAAUUCCAAUACAACUUAUUUCAGAUGUAGUUCCUUCCAAUUAAAUAUUUGAACAAAUCUUUUGUUACUCA